GGAAAUAGAGAGUUUCUCUGGGUUAUUUAUUAUCAUACAAACUCACUUAAAUAUCAAGAAAAAUAGUAUACAUUGUAAAAAAAAAUUAUAAACUGCUUUAAGGUUUUGAAGCAUACUCGGUGCCUUAAAUUCAUAUUCUGUGAACGUUCGCGGCGCUCUACAUAAAACCGGUCGCCUAACGAAAAUUCAAAAAUUCGUUAUUAUAUUUUUUAUGGCUUCCCAAACGAGGGGAGGAUUUGAAGAUCGGCGUCGGCUAGGGGUAGCUUGGUCGGCCGCUUCGCGCCUGCGCACGUAGUUCGCGCCACUGCUACGUCGCUUGCAAGCCAGAUGUUCUGAAAAGCUUCCUGUCGUCGUUACGUUGCUCUUCAUUUCUAUGUUAUAAAUAUAAAAUGUGAAAUAGACUAUUCUCUUUUAUAUUUUAUUUUUCGUGAAGUUCUCAGUGAAUUAAUUAAUAUGUGUACGACAAUUUGUGACAUUUAACUAAAUUUAUCGGCCUCGAUGUCCACGAGUUCACUCGAGACCAACAAAGCGGCGGACAUUUUAUUUUGAGUACUCGAUAAUGUAGCGUUUGCGUCGAAAACAUUAAAUGUCGUUUUAUGGUUCUCAAUUCGGAUAUCGUUCGCUUACACCUUUCCGAUGCCGAGGGGGGUGAAGCGAGGGCAGGCGGAGGGUGAAGCAGAGGUGGUGGUACGCGUCGGGGCGUCUCCGUCGCACACCACGCUACUGGAAGACAGCCCCAGCCAGCCCAUCAGCUACCACCUUCUCGACCACGGAUAUGGAGCUACGCCACAGCACCAAAUCAGGCGCGAGGCGCCCUCGGCACCGCCAAAGACGUCUGAAGCGGUGAAAAGAAGACUGAACCUGAGUGAGAGCAGUUCAGGCAGUCAGGGGCACGUGGUGCCGAUGAAGGCAGACUUUAAAACUCCAAAGCAGAAGCGAGUCAAAGUGCUCACGCCCUACAGCCGACCGUCCAGUUCUAUGAAAAAGUACACAGAACGCUCCAGGUUUGACACGUCAUUAGGUUUACUUACGAAAAAGUUCGUCGCGCUCCUCAAGUCCUCGCCGAACGGGGUGCUCGACCUGAACAUUGCUGCAGAGCAGCUAUCAGUACAGAAGCGUCGCAUAUACGACAUCACGAACGUAUUAGAGGGUAUAGGAAUAUUAGAGAAAAGAUCGAAAAAUAAUAUACAAUGGAAAUGUGGCGUGGGCGGCGGCGCGGGCGAGGAGGUGCGCGCGCGGCGGCUGCGGCGCGAGGUGCGCUCGCUGGGGCUGCGCGAGGCGCGGGCGGCGCGUGCCGUGGCUGUGGCCGAGCACGCGCUGUCCCGCCUCUCGGCAGAGCAUGGCGCUCUCGCCUAUAUCACCUAUGCAGACCUGCGCUCCAUAGAUGACUUUAGAAAUCAAACCGUCAUACCAAUCAAAGCGCCGCCCGAUACUAGGCUUAGUGUACCCCAUCCUGACGAGAAAGGCUACAUGAUUCAUUUGAAGUCAAUGUCAGGAGAGAUCGAAGUCUACCUCUGUCCUAAGGACCCGCCUGCGUCUCCACCGUCGUCUGGCCUCCUUCCAUCCGAUCCACUGUUGGAAGACAAUAAGGCGCUUCUGGCGCCGCUCAUAGCGCAAAUGCAGUCUCGUCCCUCUAGUUCUAUUAUAGCUGAUUUUACAACACCAAUAAAGCGGGAGUGUGAGGAGCAAGGGUCGCGCAGCCUGGUGGUGCGCACGCCCUGUGUCACCGACCCCACGCUGCCGCUGGCCGCGUCGCUCGGCGCCACGCUCAGCACUACACUCGGCACCUCGCUCGGCUCCUCGCUCGGCUCCUCACUUGGCACCACGUUGGGUUCCACGCUCAUCGCGGGGCUGUCCACGCCGAUGCGGCAUCCGCCCUCAACACCCACUCAGUCGCCCACGCUACUCUCCACACCGGAUAUGGGCGGCGCGCGGGGUCGCCUACGUAACGCGCUGAUAGCGGACAGCGACGACUUCGCGCCUAUCAUGGGCGGUGGCCGCUUCCAGAUGCAGACCGAGGAUCAGGAGUCAGAGCCCCUGGAACCGUUCCUGGCGCUGGAGCCGCCGAUGUCGGGCACAGACUACGGCUUCUGCCUCGACCACGGCGAGGGGCUCUCGGACCUGUUCGACUUCGAGUUUUAGUUGGAUACUCAUGGAACGAUUUCGAGUUCCGUACUCAGAACUGUUCGACUUUGAGUUUCUAGUUGGGAACUCUUGUGUCGUCGGUAGUAUGGUGCUGUGUGGACUGCUUAUUUGAAGGCGGGACCUAAUAGAAGUAUGGAAAAGGUACGGCGUUUGAAAUGCGCAACCGAUGUCGGGUCGGAAGGAAAUCAUUUGAAUUAUCUCUCAUCUUUGUCCACCUUUCAUUUGUCCGAUUCAGAAAUGUUCUAAUUUAAUUUGAUGUCUGGUUUUUAACGUAAAUAUUUAAGGCGAUUUUGAAAGUUAUCAUUGCGUAUUAAUAUCGUAACCGCGAAAUGUAACAAAUGUGACAUCGCUUUUUUUUCUCUAUUUUAAAACUAUUUUAUUUCGAUCCUAAUUUGUUGUCUUGUAUUAUUAGUACUAAACUAAAUUAUUCACAGUACAAUAACAUAAGUUUGAGUAGCCAGAUAGCUUGUUUACCUUCGUAUAGAAUUCAAAUGUGUACAUUUUUUGAAUGUAAAAGGCGCAAGAUCUGACGCGUGAUUUAGUAACUAUGUAAAUUGUGGCAACCUACAUUAUUAAUGUUUCGAUACUACAAAAACUUGUUUAUUGACCAGUUUUGUUGGUAUUUGUACACAAUCUGAUAAACGCAGGAGAGGUAGUCAUACGUGAUGUGCUAUUCCUAGAACAUCUUUUAUAUUCUUAAUAACGUUUAUUUAAAACUAGCUGUGUCCGUGACUUCGUCCGCGUGAAAUACUAUCUUUGGGUAGCAUUUUAAUUAUUUAGCCUAUCUAUUUUACUAACAGUUAAAAUUCAUCAGGACAAAACAUAUUAAACUCACAAAACAAUCACAUAAACUUCACAUAUUCUAAUACAAACUUUCAUCCCGUAUUUCAUAUUUGCCACCCUUGAGGGUAAAAUUUUUGUAAACAUUGAAUGUCAUAUUUAUUUACAUCAUAUUCACGGCCUAAAAAAUUCAAGCUUCUAUCUGUAGAAAUGAUGACAACCUCCAUACAAAUUUCCAACGCCCCCUUACAACCCCCCCUUACAACCCUGUUUUUGCGUUAACAAGCAAUAUAUAUCCUUUCCCAGGCUCUACACUAUCUGUGUACCAAAUUUCAUUUAAAUUGGUUCACUUUCGCAUUUAUAAUGUUAGUAAGGAAAUAAGGAUUAGUAAGAAUAAAUACCUAUGAAUAACUUGAGGUAUAUGAAAACAACGAAGUGACUUAGGAGAUUAUACAGCCUUCAGAUGUAGUCUAAACAUCUACGAAAAUGCUCGUCGGUUACAUUUAUUUUUUUUAAUUUAAUUUCAGUUUCGUAUCGAUCUUGAUUGUGCUCUAGCUCCUGAGUAGUUGAGUCUACUCAUUUUUUAAGUCAUAUAUUUCUAUAGCCGUAAAAUCCAUGCAGAUAAUAAUUUGUUUGCAUAAAAACAAAUGUCAGAUUGUAGUUCGACCACAUUUGUACUUUUUCGAACAUAAAAAUACAUAAAUUUUAAACUUUCUAGACUUUUCGAUUAUGAUAUAUAAAAAGGAGAACAGAUAGCAAUUAUCAAUAGAGAAAAAUAAUACGUUUUGUAUAUUUAUAUGGAGAAAUACAAUAUUAGAGUUUUAUACGAUUUUGUAUAUUCAAUGGGAAAUAUGUAUUUUUUACGAAUUAUUAGUAAAUAUGCGUAAGAAUUGUAUUGUUUUUUGUAUAAAGGAUACAUUAAACAUUGGUCAUAAAAUGCACCUCACAUUUAAAUUCAAAUUUGUUAAAGUACUGAUGAUUUAUUUCUUCUGUUUCUCAAAAAUUUUGCUCUUAAAAAAAGUUCUAGAAGAAAUAUUUUUAAUUUUCUUAUAACUAAUUUUGUAUAUCUUUCUCUAUUUUAUUUGCUAACGACUAGAAAAUGAGUUCUAUCAAAUAGUUUUCUUAGACAUUGUUUUAGUUCAAACGAUAAAUUAGGAUUGUAAAUAUAUAGUUUUGUGCUAACUACCAUCUAGAUUCCAAAAGCAAGGCUUUUGGUAUAUGUUUUCUUUGUACUGCCUCUUAUUAUUCCUACUUGAUAUUUUCGAUAAAUUCACGAAAUCUGGAACAAGGGGUUUGCUCAGGAAAAUUUAUAAUGUAUAUAAAAUGUAUAAUUUUGUAAGAAAACAUGAUUCCUAUGUAAGUAGUUAAAAAAACAGAUUUCAACAUUUUCGAAAUUUUGGCGCAUUUCGAAAGAACUAAUAAGUUCACAUAUAUUUUUUCACGAAUAGCUGACAGAAAUUGACAUAGCUAUGAAAGAUACUUUAAACUAUUACUAAAAACACCAACAAACUACUAAAAAUAGUAGCAGAAGAUAUAAAUUUGUUGUGUAUUAAAAAAUGCAAUGAUGAAAUGUUGAACUGUGUGUGGCAAUAAAUGUAGAUUGGCUAAAUCUGUUCCUGUCGGGCGCAGUGUGCGGCGGCGUGAGGUGAGCCGCGACCAUUGUAGAUAGUCCGCUCAAAGUCCGGGCGCGGCCACCAUUGUACAUACUACGAAGUAAUGAACGGUGAUAUCUUAGCGGCCUUCGAUUUUACUUGUAAAGUCUAGCUCAUAGUGCUCCACAGUUUUCUGUUGACUCCAUAGAAUUUCUACCCUACCUUACGUACCUUAAAUCUUGUAUACCGUUCAGAAAGUAACGAGAAGCACCUCAGAUAAGUACAUGGUACACAUUUCUUUAUUUCAAUGGCCCAGAUUAAAUACCAAGCGCAUUGUGGCUUCGUUGUUAUUUCGUUUUAUUAGAGUUUUAGAUCUAAAUAUGUGGGUUUUAAGACUAAUAAAUGCCUUACAGUUCGUUGCAAAAAUGACUUCAUAUGAAGAUAUACCUUUUCCUUCCAAUGCAGCCUCUUUUUGAGACUAAAUAAUUGUAUUUGUUUAGAUUUCUACAACGUGGCCACAUUAUGCUUGUCUUUAAAUUAAAUCGUUUGCCAAAUAUCAUCGAACGAUUAAUCGAUCGAUACUGUUCGGGAUUAUCGAGAUUUUAAGGUACACUACCACAAGUAAACUAUUAUUGGAUUUUUUAAUUAAAAAUGUUAGGGUGAUUGUAUUUUGAAUAAACUUAAUUUGUUAUUUGCUAGUGACUGGUUGAUGUCGGUUGUGGUAUCGAUGUUGUGAUGUUUGAUCGAUCGCGACUUUGAUGUGUGAUUGUUAAACUUGAUCCCUAAUUUGGUGUUAACUUAGGCUUUUAUUAGUUCGUUUUGACAUUGUAAAUAGCAUGUAGCGAGGCGGGGAUUCGGAAUGCAAGGAUGCGGCGCUCCAGCGGCCUCUAUUUUUACAAUAUUUCCGUAGAUAACGUGUUGAAGUACAAAGUGCAAAGAGAAACCGUCUUGCAGUGUGUCCGUGCCGUAAUGUAAGUACAUUACCGCGAGGCCCCGCGCGCCGCAGCCUCGCCCCCGCACGCCCCAUCUCUCACAUUGUACAGCACAAAUUUCAUUGUAAAAAGAACAUUAUAAAUAAGAGCAUAUCAAAAUAAAUUUAUUGAUAGUGUUAAUUUAAAUGCACGUGGGAGCAGUUUGAGAUACGGGUCAGGCGCGGGUGUGUUUAGGUGGAACCGGUAACAACAUAAAUAAUUUGUACAUCUUUUUAAACAUUGGACUAAUUUUACUAUUUCUUUGUAUUUACUUGGGUUACGCGCAAUCUUAGUGUUUAAUCGACUCACGAACAUGUUCUGUUUGUACUAUUGUAAUGAUAAAAAAUCCCGUCAGACGCUCUGCAACUAUUAAAAUCAUUGAGUAUUUUUAUCAACUUUGCAUUAAUGCUAAAAGUAUUUCCUAUGAAAUGAAGUUUUGAUACAAUGAAUUUUAUGAGAAAUUUUACUUGAAUAUCAGAAGAGUUAUUUUGAGCUUCUCAAUUUUAUGUUAUUUUGAUUUUGUUUUUGUGUAAUGCAAACGGUAGGUAGUAAAAUUUUGUUUGAGUUUAGCUCUUGUUGGGAACUUGUUUUUGUGGAGUUAGAUGAUUUCUAUCUUUUUUUUUUGGUUUCCUCUCCAAAUAAAAGUGUUACGGCUACAACGUUGUUUCGUCAUCUUGUAAUGUUUUCUAUAUUGAUGUAUGUAUUAUUAUUUUGCGCAUACGCUCUUCAAGUGAUUAAUUUUAAAUUGUAUUGUUUAAUAACACUAUGUCUGGGGCCAAACGUACGAGAGAAGGGAGUACAAAUUAAAGAAAAAAUUCUCGUAAUUUAGUUUUAGGAUAUUUAUUGUAUUACGAUCAGAUGCAAUUUGUAUUUUACUUUAUAUUCUUUUCUUUCCGGAUUUUUUUUCGUCAUAUUGUAAUUACUUGCGACUCCUCAUACUUUUGGUACAUUAUCUAGCCAAUGUAUAUAAACCUUUGAAAUUAUUUGCAACUUUUUUGUAUCUGUAAUUGAAUAUAAGAUGUAAGCGUCCAGAGUAGUCAUAUUACAAUCUAUUUUAUCUUGUUUUAACUCUCGACUCAAAUUACGUAUUCAGAAACAUAGUUCAAAGUAAAAUCUUAAAAUUGUUAAGUAAAUUAUAAAGAUAUCGCCGUUUACGUCGGAAUUUAGGUUAUUGAAAACUAUUACGCUUAUUUAUAUGACUACUAUGGGCUCUUAUAAUACCAAACGGUAAGACUAAAUAGAGCCGACAUAUAUUGACACAGAAGCUGCGAGCUCGACUUAUUACAAUACUUGACUGCUCUUUUUUACUAAUGACAAAUAUACAUGUAAAUCGGAUCCUAAAGCGAAUACUAUGUAAAAUGUUAAGACAAAGCCUCAUAUUGUUACGCUUAUUCAUAGCAUGUAAUUUUAAUACCACAGUUCACUUCAACAAACAGUCCUUUGCUGAGGUUACUCCAUUCACAAAAGCGUGAGUUGCAAGCGAUAUUAAUGUGUUAUUGCAGUGAUUUUAUCGUUUUUGAGUGAUUUCAGCAAGACUUUUCGGUAUGAAUUUAACACCUUAUGAGUUUGAAGUGAGCUGCCAGAGCCGAGUAAUGGUAUAAAUAAAAUUUACAACGAUUUUAGUCGGUGCAGUGACGUGCGUCGCCCCGACGGUCCACAGGGUCCUAAUAUAGUGCACGUUAAUUCAGACAAUAUGUCCUAGUUGGUCGACUCGACGUGUUGUGUCGUGCGCGGGUUUAAUGCUGUUUGCUUCAGUACAAACUUUGACUCGUUGUUUCGCCUCGCUUGAAGUCUGACGUGGGAUAUCUUCAAUCGUAAAUUAUUACAUCAAUUCAUUAUUCAUGUACAUGUACUUAUUUUCAAUUCAAUUCGCUUACAAACGUUGUACAUAAAUUUUUGUUUCGGUUUGAAAAUAAAAUGCAGACUAAUUGGAUACGUAAUUGAGAAAUUUAUGAGAUGCUGUUUUUUUAUAUAAUAAGUUUUCUGGUUUAUUUUAAUGUGAAUAUAAAGUGAAGGUGCAAUGUUAUGAUAUAA